AUGUUUCCGACAGCAUUCAAAACACCAAUACAAACGAAAAAUAACAAACCUGCCUAUAGAGCAACAUUAAAACUAUACAAAGGUAAUCCAAGUAUUAAUUUAUCAACAAUGUUAAUGGAAUUUCCGUAUCCAAUUUCAAGAAUCAUAAGUAAUAACCAUGUUUUUGUUCCUGGGAAAUGUAGUUAUCAAUUCGUUUCUCCUAUUAUUGCAAACAAAACACAUAUAUUUGGUAUUGAUGUUUUCAAUCGCGAAACAUUUAUUGAUUGGACAUUUAAUCAUUAUGAAUUUAUGAGAUCGAAUACAUCAUCUCUUAAUAUGAAAAUCAAACCAAUCAAAGAUGUAAAUAUAUCAUACAUUAUUAUGGAAGCAAACACUAGUUCAUUUUUAGAAGCAAUGGAAGUUUGGCAUCAAGCAUUUCCUGAUUUGUAUGGAAUUAAUCCUUAUGGUAAAUCAUCUAUUGCAAUAUCUCCAAACACAACUAAUUGGAAUUCAGAAAUGGUCACAAAAUACGGCGGUAAAUUACUUUGGGGUUCUAACAAUAAAUACAAUAAAGAAACUAAAAACUUUUAUGAAAUGAAUCCUUUCGCAAUAAUAUUAUACAAUGAUACUAACCAAAAAUAUAAUUCAAAAGAAUAUGAUUUAAUAAAAUCAUAUGGUGUAAGUUAUGAUAAUAAUGGGUAUUAUUUUGCUUUAGAAAGUUGCGAAAAUUAUAACGAUUAUUUGGUAGUUUUAUCUGAUGCUGUUAGAGAAUACCAUAUAGAGAGAUUUAAAGAAAUGAAUAACAAAUAUAACUUUUCUGGAAUCGCGAUUAGAAAUUUUGAUACAACAUUAAUGGGAAAUAUUUGUACGAAUGGUAAGAAUUAUGCGUCUUAUAAACCUAUGGGUAAUAUUGAUUCUAUUAUUCCUUAUGCUUUAUUAGAUGGUGAUGAUAAUGAAACUUUUAAUUAUCAGUGGGGAUUGUUAAAACUAUUAGAAGAAUUACAUGAAUAUUCCCCUGAUGGUUUUUUGGUCGAAUGUAAGAAUGUUCAUCCACAACUUGCUCAAUAUGUUGGAUCAGUCUUGUAUAGAAUGCAAAAUACGGAACAAUACUCUGCAUACACAUAUGAAAACAAAAUUGGACUUUGA